AGGGUGGGCCAGAUCUAAGCACCCUGCAGGCCUGAUGCCAUCCGCAGGCCUUGAGUUUGACACCCCUGGUGUAUGCCCUUGCUUCAAUCCACUAACUGCAACAAAGCAGCUAUUUUGCUCUGCUGUUUAGAAGCUAGAGUCCUGUUGCUCAGCUUCAAAGGAGUGCUUUGUCCAAAGUAAAGUAUUCUGUUGGAGAUUUGGACAACCCUUCACCUCCUUCCCACUCCUGCCAGUUUUUCCUCUGUGCUCAACCUCCAUCAAUAAUCAGUUUGCCAAGUGUGCUAAACUUGGUCCUGAAUCCCACUCUCUUUUGAAGGGGGAAAAAAAAGACCACAGUGAAACAGGCUUUCCAUUCAAUUUAAAGCUUAUUCUGAAUAAAACCCUCUUUCUUUGUAUUUCAAGGCUUUUCAAAUAAUAUUUUUUUAAAGAUAAUAUUCCUUCUGAACUCUAACACACAUACACAAACACAAAAAGCUGCAGACUAUAUUUAGAGGAAGGUUAUCUGUGGGAUUGACUCUGAACAGAACUGGACCAUUAAUCUUGCUCACGGUGAGAAAAAUGUAUUGCUUUUUGCAGGAAUUUUGGUGGGAAGCAUGAAGCCUCUUCAAAGAACAACGCAAAGGAACACAAGAUACCAGACAAGAGAAAACAUGAAAUUCGAAUUGGAUUCUUUCAGCUGUUCAGAUUUGCUUCUUCAACUGAGAUACUGAUGAUGCUUUCAGGGGGUAUCUGUGCCAUUCUUCAUGGAAUAGCCCAGCCAGCCAUGCUGAUUGUUUUUGGGAUCAUGACGGACACAUUUAUUCAAUACGACAUUGAAAAACAAGAGCUGAACGACCCAAACAAAGUGUGCAUGAAUAACACAAUAGUUUGGAUUAACAGCUCCCAUCAUCAGAAUGUCAGCAAUGCAUCGAUGAGUUGUGGGUUGCUGGAUAUUGAAAGUCAAAUGAUCUAUUUUGCAAGUUCCUAUGCAGGAACAGGAUUUGCUGUUCUGGUGCUUGGAUACCUCCAAAUCUGUUUGUGGGUAAUGUCAGCUGCUCAUCAGACCCAACAGAUCCGAAAAGCCUAUUUUAGGAAAAUCAUGAGGAUGGACAUAGGCUGGUUUGAUUGUACAUCAGUGGGGGAACUCAAUACACGAAUUUCUGAUGACGUUAAUAAAAUAAACGAUGCUAUUGCUGAUCAAGUCGCAAUCUUUAUCCAGCGCUUCACCACCUUUGUUUGUGGAUUCCUGCUAGGAUUUGUCAGAGGCUGGAAGCUGACCUUGGUUAUUAUUGCAGUCAGUCCUCUAAUUGGCAUCGGAGCUGGCAUAAUUGGCCUGUCUGUGGCAAAGUUGACAGGUCUAGAAUUAAAGGCUUAUGCAAAAGCCGGGGCCAUCGCUGAUGAAGUGCUCUCAUCGAUCCGAACUGUGUCUGCAUUUGGAGGAGAGAAAAAAGAAGUUGAAAGAUACAACAAAAAUCUGGUGUUUGCUCAAAACUGGGGGAUCAGAAAGGGAAUCAUAAUGGGAUUUUUCACAGGUUACAUUUGGUGCAUCAUUUUCCUGUGCUAUGCGCUGGCCUUCUGGUACGGCUCAAAACUUGUCCUUGAAGACAAGGAAUACUCUGCUGGUACCCUUUUGCAGGUUUUUCUCGGCGUCCUAAUAGGUGCCUUAAAUCUUGGUCAAGCGGCCCCUUGCUUGGAAGCCUUUGCAACAGGUCGAGGGGCUGCCACAAAUAUAUUUGAGACAAUAGAUGAAAAACCUAAAAUUGACUGUAUGUCAGAAGAUGGCUACAAACUGGACAAAGUCCGAGGUGAAAUUGAAUUCCAUAAUGUAACCUUCCAUUAUCCAUCCAGGCCCGAUGUUAAGAUUUUAGAUAAUCUCAGCAUGGUUAUCAAGCCAGGUGAAACCACCGCCUUUGUUGGUCCAAGCGGAGCAGGGAAAAGUACCACAAUACAGCUGAUCCAGCGCUUCUAUGACCCUACAGAAGGCAUGGUUACCCUAGAUGGACAUGACAUUCGUUCCCUUAACAUUCAGUGGCUGCGUUCUUUGAUGGGAGUGGUGGAACAAGAACCGGUCCUGUUUUCCACCACUAUAGCAGAAAACAUCUCCUACGGUCGGGAAGAUGCCACUAUGGAAGACAUCGUCAGAGCAGCCAAAGAAGCCAAUGCCUACAACUUUAUCAUGGAUCUGCCUCUG